UACUAAUUCAUCAACCCAUUACCGCAUCUACUUCGAGACUUCAGAAGACCAAUGGAUGCCCUGUGAAAUUUAAACACUAUAAUAAUAUGUGCUACCGUGCAGUAGAGAACUCUGGUUCAACCGACCCUUGUCUGUUGAUGCUCGGGGGAGAUCUGGCGACAUGGCAAGAUGACGACACGUUUAUGUUCCUUUCUUCGCUGAAAUGGGAAAGCAGCAAAUGUGGAAUCGGUCUAAGGUAUAAAAACAAUUGGCAAUGGAGAAAUGGAGACAGUGUUCAUUCCCAAAGUUACUUUGACUCGAUGGCUGCUAGCGUAGAUGGUCAUUGGGGGCUGGAGAAGACAGAUGCUAUGACAGCAAACCUGGUCCAAGCCAACGAUGAAGACUUUGAACUCUGUUCUAUUUGUCAAAUGCGAAGAGUGAUCACCAUAUACCACGAUGCUACUGUGUACUAUCCAAUGGACGUGUGGAACAAUGCGAGACCAUUCGACGCUAUUUCAGGGAAAUACGUGGAGCCAUCGAAUUCUGAUUUGAUGCAUUAUGAAACAGUCCUCUCUCAUAAAGAUAUGGGAAAUGCUCUUCAGCCGCAAAGCUCUGAAGAUAUAUUUGCUAUUCCAACGUAUUCAGAACCUUGUUCUGGUGACCAUUGCUAUGAAUCUGGUACGACCAUUUCAUUCUGGGUUAAGAUGCCUCCUGGUUCUGACGAUGAUUCUUCAGCGACAGAAGAAGGUCAACUCAAGAACUUCACGUGCCUUGUAAGGACAGAUGAUAAAUCCGAUUACUCGAACUAUUCAUUCUGCAAAUAUUCGACAAAUGACGCAAUUCUGACGACCGGUUCGGAGACAUGGUCAUUGUUCCAAGAUGUGGUUGAUACAGCAUCUUCUAUCUGGACAUUCGUAGUAGCUUCAUGGAAGGGAGGUGAAUUCCGAGGGUGUGUCUGGCCUGAGGAGCUGAGUUGUUUCGUCUGUCAUACAUUCGAGAUCUGUGAAGGUUGUAUGGAUAUCAUUCACGACGGACCAGUCUAUAUUGGAUGGGAUGGGGACGUGGCCUUUGAUGAAUUGGCGAUCUGGAAUCGACCACUCGGUGAUGCAGAGAUCAUCCAUCUUUUCAACCAAACUGAACCUCGCAUUAUCCUAGACAACACAGAUGACAUUUCAGAUUUGAUUGACAAGAUGCAGACUGAAAACCUUGCCCCGGAGGAGGUUUUAUGGAUUCUAGAGAGUGAGCUUGAGUUCGUUCAAUCAGAAGAUACGGUUACUAAUGCUGAUGAGUUAGAAGCCAUCAAUGAGUUAUUCACUGCCACACUAGAACUCCAGGAUACAGAGAGCGCCACGCGUGCUGACCUCUUGGAUAACCUCCAGAUUGCAUUGGACAUUGUAAGUGAGCUUACAGGACCAGAGAAGGCAUCUUUGUGGACACAACAAUCGAAUAAAACAGAAACCAUCCCAUGUCCAUGUAAGCUUACAUCUAGUAUUGGAGAAUUUACUAAUGCUAUUGGACAUGCUCUUAUAAUGCUGAACCAAACCGAAGAAACUAUCAUCAUUAAAUCAGAGAGAGCAGCUGCUCAGUUAAUCCCGGUUAAGGCACUCCAAGAAGAGGCUGACGAGGACGACGAUAAUGACCUCGUGAUCACGCUCAAAACCGCUUCUUCUGAUUCUGAUGAUGGGGACGAUGGUGCUGAAGUCGAAGUAUCUAUCCCAGUCAGUGUGCUGAAAGAGGAACAAACUACCUUCGUAGCCGUGGUCAUCUACGAUCACCUGCACGACAUCUUUCCUGCGAGGGAUAACUCGACGUUCAUGUUAGCCAACAAUGAUAGUAGUGGGGUCGAAGAAUCGAUGGACGAGAAUAAGUUUAUCGCUAGUGCUGUCAUUGAUGUGACGUUCAUCCCUGCAACCAAUUCGUCAGCAAUAUUCGACACACCCAUUGUACUUCAAUUCGAGCUACGAUCAAGUCAACUCGAAAGUGCAUCCAAAUAUGAUAAGAUUUCCAGCUUGUGUGUUUACUGGAAUACCAGCUACUCGGACAACACGAGUGUAGGUAUCUGGGCUACUAAUGGAUGUGAGUUGACUGAUCAGAACGAUACUCAUGUCACGUGUUCCUGUUAUCAUCUAACUCACUUUGCUGUUCUUAUGAUCAGAGAACCGGGAGCGAUCGGGGCCGCACACGUGCAAGUCCUCACGAUAUUAUCAAACAUUGGAUGUAGUUUGUCUGUGUUCGGAUCGGUAGCAACGGUUUUGGCUUUCAUCUUUCUAAAGAUGAAUACUGAUCGUGUGUUGAUUCACAGCAACCUGGCUUCAUCUAUCGCGAUGUCACAGAUUCUAUUCCUAGCACAGGGUUCUCUACAACCUAUGACGAUCGGAUGUAAGGUAAUGGCUGGUAUCAUGUAUUAUUUCUUCACGGCCUCCUUUGUGUGGAUGAUGAUUGAAGGUCUUCAGUUAUAUACCCAGGUCGUUCUUGUAUUCAACCAAGAGAACAGUAAAAUGAGAUACUACAUGAUCGGUGGAUGGGGAAUUCCACUUAUAAUGACGGCAGUCGUUAUUGGAUCAACUUUGGAGAGCAUAGGGCGUCGACCUGAUGUCUGCUGGUUGGAUUACUCAGAUAACUCCAUCUAUCUCUUCGUCAUCCCAACCCUAUGCGUGGUGAUAGCUAACAUGGCUAUCUUAACUCGUGUUACAGUGGUUAUUGUCAACCUGAAGAAUCAUGAUCAGCUAAAGAGAGAUGACGCUAAAUAUCAGAAACUCAAAUACGCUCUGAAGGCUUCGCUGACCAUAUCUCCUCUGAUGGGAUCAACCUGGAUGUUUGGUGUGCUAACCCUUGCUGACUCCUCUAACCUGGCUUUCCUUUAUAUCUUCGUCUUGUGUAACUCAAUCCAAGGACUACUCAUCUUCAUUCUACAUUGCCUUAACAGCCAAGAGGUUCGCGAUGUAUUCAAACGUCGCAUGGAGUUGUAUCGUAUCGGACGAUCAGUUCGUAAGUUUAGAAUCCAACCUACAAACAGCUCCAUGAAUGAUUCUACUACGAAUGAAGGGAAGUUUAUGCGAAGUACCGUGAAUACGCUGUCUUCAAUGGUAAGCAAAGAUCAGAAGACUACAUAAACUGGUAUCCUUUAUGGCUGCGAAUUCUUCAUGAAGACUGGUAACGUAAAAGUAAGAUGGACUUAUGUCGUAUCUCACUGAGCAAAUUUGGAAUAUCGCCAGGGUUCGUAAAAUAUAUAAAAAUGUUCCAACACAUAGAAAUAAAGUUCUUAUAAAAUACUUUUAUUGUCGCACAUAUUUAUUUCUUGUCGCGAAGACAUUCCAACAAUGAACUUGUCAAUGAAAAUACAUUUGCAAAUAUCUUUUUCCACGAACGGUUGCUUUCUUAAAAACCCCCACAGUUUCAAGCCUUUGUGAACGGCUGUAACGGUGUCGCGGGAUUUUUUUUCCGUCAAUGCUAGCGAUCACAUGACCAAAUGGUCACAAUAUGAUAUUGAUCCACUCAGAAUAAAAAUGUAAAAUGAAAGUUUCCGAACACAUUUUCGUUUAUUCGUUCAUUUUGGAAACCGUUCGCAAAUGUUUGAUGUCAGUCGGCGAAUCUCACCAUCGCUCUAUUCGCAAGUAUUUGUUCCUCAAUGAUAUAGACCCUUCGUUCCUGCAAUUUUCAUUAUU